AUGCCUGCUAUCGAAUUCGCGAGCUCAUACGGGAGCUCCCUCCACCAUCUUGUGUCGGGCUCUUACACCAACAGAACCCUCUUCCUCCUCGCUUUUGAUACCAUUGCUCGGACUUUGACUUUGAACUCUACAAUUCCUGGCUUUGGUCUUCACCAAUUCGUCACCAGCAAUGCUGCCAAGAACCGUGUCUAUGCUACUGCCAUGAGCGAGCCCCCUCAGUUGUUUUCGUGGUCAAUUGAUGAGAAUUAUCAAUUUACUCACCUUGAUACGGUGAAUAUCACCUCUUCUUCAUGCUACUUUUCUGAUGAUGGCAACUUGGCUUUUUCAUCUGGUGGCUCAACCGCCAGCAUCCAUGCUCUCACAGAAGUUGGUGGCAUUGGCAAGCAGGUCGAGGAGCUCUACAUGGUACCUGAAGAAGAAAUUGUGAAUGUGAACAAAACAAGAGCGGCUGUGCUCUAUGGCGCUCAUGCUUUUGAUGUCAACAUUAACAGAAAGGGCUUUGUACCACAUUUGGGCAUGAACUCCAUCUUCAUGUAUGACAUUGCGGAAAACGGUACUGCUACACCUCUGUCGAUUAAUCUUAGCCCUACCGAAGGCGAUGGACCGCGAAACUCUUUUCCCAGUAAAGAUGGAAGACUUCUCUACGUGAUGACCGAGCACAGCCAAUGGCUUGAUGUAUACGACAUUCUUGAAACUCGCCUUGAGCACGUCCAAAGAGGCAGUGCUAUUCCUGAUGAUAUGAGGGGCGUCUAUACCUUCCGCGGCAACACUGUCCAGAUGUCACGCGAUGGCAAGUAUCUCUUCACGAGCACUCGCAGCUGGAAUAACACCGAGGCAAACGGAUACGUCGCCGCCUUUGCUCUGGAUGACGCUGGCUAUCUCAAACAGGAGAAUGCUGUCUCAUUCUACGAGGCGCCAGUUACUCUCGGAUCUGCUGGUGGUCUGCGAGUCGCUCCCUGGCAAGAUGAGACGAACAGCAACCCGGACGGUAUCACGGACUACAUGUAUCUCAGCGAUACCUCCGAGGGCUGCAUGUUCAUUCUUGGUUGGACCCCGUCGAACUACAGCCUCGAUCUGGUGGCUUCACUGCACUAUCCUGACAACAGCACACCUUACGAAGCAACCUGGCUUGACUAA